AGUCGUGACGACUCUUCUCAACUGCCUAAGAUGGAAAACAGACGACUCACCAUCACCGAAGAGCCUAAGCCCUCUAUCCAAGAGCGACUGCAAAAGCACUGUCUUGACGUCACCCCGGAUGGCCAAUUUGUACGAUGGUCGCGGGAUAACCCCCUAUUCCCGCGCAAUUGGUCCAUAGCGCGCAAGUCAUACGAUGUGGGAGUCAUUUGUCUGUUGGAUCUUGUUAUAACAGCCACCAGCACCGCGGGAGCCGGCGCUGCUGCAGAAGCCAAGCAUGAGUAUGACAUGCAUCACACUUUGGCCAUCUUUUGCUUUGUGACCGUAUUCUUGCUCGGCCAGGUGGUGGGCACUAUCGUGUUCCCUCCGUUUUCUGAGUCCUUCGGGCGCAAGAGAAUGUAUAUGAUCAGUGCACUGCUCAGCAGUAUCUGCUGCAUGUUCGUCGGACUAGCCCAUUCUUUGCCGGCGAUCAUCAUCCUGCGCGUGGUGGCAGGGUUACUCUCUGCAAUCCCAUACACUAUCAUAGGAGGCAGCAUCGAGGACAUGUUCAAUUCCCGGGGUCGUAUUUGGGUCAUUUUUGCCUGGACAGUCUCAUCCAACAUUGGCCUGAUUAUAGGGCCCAUCAUGAGUAGUCACAUCAUUGCUGCUCUGCACUGGAGAUGGGUGUUCUAUAUCUACGCUAGCAUCAUCGGUAUCGUCACCGGCCUCCUCCUUCUAAUUCGCGAGUCUCGUCCAUCCUUCCUGCUCGCCUAUGAGGUGAAACACCUCCGGCGCAAGAUGCCAAACAUCCCCCCAGCCUUGAACUACGACCACACCCCGGGCCUGUCCACCUUUAUGACAGAAGCCAUCUUUCGGCCCGCGCAGCUCUUCAUCUAUGAGCCCAUCAUCAUGACCAUCGCCGUGAUGAUUGCCGUAGCAAUGUCCCUGAUCUACAUCUUCACCGAAGCACUCCAUCCCAUCUACGAGUCCAUGGGCUUCUCCGCCUCCGACGCCUCGCUUAUCUUCACAGCCAUCGGCUUGGGAACAUGCUUCAGCGCGCUGACCCGCAUACUGGACCACUACCUCUUCAACCGGCGCCAACGCCACGGCCACCCCAUCCGCCCAGAAGACAAGCUCGUCGGCCUCGCCAUCGGCGCCCCUUGUCUAGCCAUCGGUCUAUGGUGGUUCGGGUGGACGAUCCCGCCCGAGGUGGAGGGCUCCGAGAUCCCAUGGAUUGUGCCGACGCUGCCCCUUGUCCUGGUCGGGUAUGCGCUGACGGAGCUCGACACUGUCUUCUAUGGCUACAUCUCCGAUAGCUACCUCAGCUACUCGGCUAGUGCGCUGGCUGCUAUUGCAUUUCUGCGGGCGUUGCUCGCCGGCACUUUUCCGCUGUUUACGCGGCAGAUGUUCCAUGGCCUGGGUGCUAAUGUCGCUGUCUCGGUGCUGGCGGCGGUGGCGACAGUGUUUUGUCUCGUGCCGCCGUUGUUUCUGUGCUAUGGGGAGCGGAUUCGUAGGAAAAGUCGGUUUGCGAGGUAUAGCUGGCAGAUUCAGGAGGUUAUGGUAAAGGAGGAGGAUAUGUGA